UUCCUGGAGCGAGUAGAGGCGCGCGGUCGAAGCAACCAAGCGGCCGCGCGGUGAUCGUUCGACCUCAACUUCACCUUCCUCUUAUUUCUGUUCCUUUUGUCCUUUAGCCCACCUCUGGUCGAGUCUCUCACGCUUCUCGAGCCUCUCAUGCUACAUAUUCAAUUCCAUCCUCGCGUCACUCUUCUCCUGGCGCACGAGUCUCGCGGGUCCCGGAGUCUUAAUUUGCUUUUGCUCGGUCUUUGGGGGCGAGAAUCGGCCGAUUUGGCCCUCUGGAUUUGCAGGGCCCUUGAACAAUUUUGUUCUUUGAUGGCAACUGUACUGGCUUUAAAUAGUUGCUAUCAUCGACACUUGGAACCCACAGAUCAGCGGCAAGCACCAGAAUAUUUCAGUUUUUCAGGAUCAUUAUCCAAUUUGAAACUUGCAAAGUAUGGAAAAGCGGUAAAUGAAUCCUUACCAACAAAGAGACUUCCAUGGAUCCUAGCAGAGGUGCGGCAGACUGAAUCUGAUAGGUAUGGCACCAAUGGAAAGGCUACUAAAAUGAUUCCAACAAAGGAUUUGGUGACACAUAGGGAAUCUUCCCAUAAAAAAUCAUUGUCGGUGAAUGGUUCUAAGACUGCAGCUCGUGGUGCUAGUCUGAUUAAGAGGGGAAACACAUCAGGUCUGGUUAAAACUACAAAGAAGAUGGAACCUAAAGAAAUCCCCUUCACAGAUGAGUUAAAAGUCUUACCUUCAGAUGAAGGUUUCAGUUGGGCCAAAGAAAAUUACAAUUCCUGGCAAAGGACUGUAGACAUCUGGUCCUUUGUGCUUUCUUUACGCUUGAGGGUCCUCUUUGACAAUGCAAAAUGGGCAUAUGUUGACGGAUUCACAGAGGACAAGCAGAAAAUCAGAAGGAAGAAAACUGCUUCAUGGUUGAGAGAACAUGUACUUCAACUUGGACCAACUUUUAUCAAACUAGGACAGUUAUCUUCAACAAGAUCAGAUUUGUUCCCGAGGGAGUUCGUAGAUGAACUUGCCAAGCUGCAGGAUAAAGUACCUGCAUUUUCACCUGAAAAAGCAAAAGCAUUCAUUAAGAGUGAGUUGGGUUGUCCCAUUGAAGUAUUGUUCAAGGAAUUUGAAGACAGGCCAAUAGCUGCUGCUAGUCUUGGUCAGGUACAUCGAGCUAUCCUUCAUAGUGGUGAGCGAGUUGCUGUAAAGAUUCAAAGGCCAGGGUUAAAGAAGCUUUUUGACAUUGAUUUAAGAAAUCUGAAGCUGGUUGCUGAAUAUUUUCAAAGAAGUGAGACAUUUGGAGGUCCUACAAGAGAUUGGGUCGGUAUAUAUGAUGAAUGCUCAAAGAUCUUGUACCAAGAAAUUGACUAUAUCAAUGAAGGAAAGAAUGCUGAUAGAUUUCGUCGGGAUUUUAGAAACAUAAAGUGGGUCAGAGUGCCUCUUAUCCAUUGGGAUUAUACCAGUAUGAAAGUCUUGACUUUGGAGUAUGUUCCGGGUACAAAAAUAAAUAACUUGGAUCAAAUAGAUGCAUUGGGCUACAGCAGAUCUCUGACUGCUUCACGUGCAAUAGAAUCAUACUUGAUUCAGAUUUUGAGGACUGGCUUCUUUCAUGCGGACCCCCAUCCUGGCAAUCUUGCUAUUGACAAGGAUGGGUCACUUAUCUACUAUGACUUUGGAAUGAUGGGUGAAAUAAAAUCUUUUACAAGAGAGAGAUUGCUUGAAUUGUUUUAUGCGGUCUAUGAAAAGGAUGCAAACAAGGUUAUGAAAAGUCUGAUUGACCUUGAAGCACUCCAACCAACAGGAGACUUGUCACCAGUAAGGAGAUCUAUACAAUUUUUCUUGGAUAAUCUUCUGAGCCAGACACCCAGUCAGCAGCAGACUUUGGCUGCAAUCGGCGAGGAUUUGUUUGCAAUAGCAACUGAUCAGCCGUUCCGCUUUCCUUCCACAUUUACCUUUGUCCUAAGAGCAUUCUCAACUCUUGAAGGUAUAGGAUAUACAUUGGAUCCAGACUUUUCCUUUGUGAAGAUUGCUGCACCAUAUGCUCAGGAAUUACUCGACAUAAAACAGAAGCAACGUGGUGGGUCACAGCUAGUUCAGGAGAUAAGAAAACAAGCUAAUGAUGCUAGAGAUUAUACAAUAUCAAUGCCAUACAGAAUACAGAGAAUAGAAGAGUUCAUGAAACAACUUGAGUCGGGAGAUUUAAAGCUUCGCGUCAGAGUACUUGAGUCUGAAAGAGCUGCAAGAAAAGCCUCAGUGUUGCAGAUGGCUACCAUGUAUACAGCUUUAAGUGGAACUUUGCUGAAUGUUGGCGUCACAUUGAGCAGUCAGGGAAACCAAACAUUCGCAAAUGGAUCAUUUAUUGGUGCUGGUGUUUUCCUGGCUUUAUUACUCAGAUCCAUGCAAAGAGUAAAAAUGCUCGACAAAUUCGAGAAGAUGCUCUGAUGACUGGUCUGGUCCUGUAUACAUUUAGAUGAUGUUGGAUAAAAUCAAUAUGAAUGUUAAAGGAUUAGUUGCACACAUCACACUGUCAUGCCCACUGGGGCAUUAAUUGAUGAAUAUUUCAUUGUAAUUGUCAUCAGGCAUUAAUUUUACACGAAAGAUUCAGAGAAAACCAAUAAUAGAAUGUACCAAGAUGCUUGAUACUGUUCAACUGUACAUGCCUUAGCUGAGAAGAGCAAUAAUUCACAUUAGCUUUUA